UACGAAUGUCAGGACUGUGGGAAAACAUUUACCCAGUCAGAUCUGCUCAGGUUACAUAGAAGAAUUCACACAGGGGAGAGACCUUACGAAUGUCAGGACUGUGGGAAAACAUUUUCACAAUCAAGUCACCUCACUAGACAUAGACGAGUCCACACAGAAGAGAGACCUUACGAAUGUCAGGAAUGUGGGAAGACAUUUUCAGGAUCAAGUCAGCUCACUGAACAUAGAAGAAAUCACAGAGGAGAGAGACCUUAUGAAUGUCAGGAAGCUGGGAAAGCAUUUACCCAGUCACGUACGCUCAGGUUACAUAGAAGAACUCACACAGGAGAAAGACCUUACGAAUGUAAGGAAUGUGGGGAAACAUUUCCCCAUUCACAUCACCUCACUGAACAUAGAAAAGUUCACACCGGUGACAGACCUUACGCGUGUCAGGACUGUGGGAAAGCCUUUGUACAAUCAUGUCACCUCACUGAACAUAGAAGAAUUCACACAGGAGAGAGACCUUACCAAUGUCCGGACUGUGGGAAAACAUUUUUACAAUCAAGGCACCUCACGUCACAUAGAAGAAUUCACACAGGAGAGAGACCUUACCAAUGUCAGGACUGUGGGAAAACAUUUGCACAAUCAAGUCAGCUUGCUGAACAUAGAAGAGUUCACACAGAAGAGAGACCUUACGAAUGUCAGCAAUGUGGGAAAGCAUUUCCACAUUCAAGGUACCUCAAAAUACAUAGAAGAAUUCACACAGGAGAGAGACCUUACGAAUGUCAGGAAUGUGGGAAAGCAUUUUCAAAUUCAAGUGCCCUCAGUGUACAUAGAAGAGUUCACACAGGAGAGAGACCUUAUAGGUGUCAGGACUGUGGGAAAACAUUUCCACAUUCAAGUACGCUCACUCGACAUAGAAGAAUUCACUCAGGAGAGAGACCAUAG